GGAUAAAACUCUAACGUGUCUUCUCUCCUCUACAGACACAGCAAGGACCCUCAUCAGAUCCUGAAGUGAUAGGAGAGCCAGGAUCCGACUCGAUCACUCACCAUGCAGCUGCCGUUCCCCGCUCUGCUCCUGUGCGCUCUGAUCAUCAUCCAGACUGUCAGCUGUCACCAGAAUCCAGGCUCUGGGCGGUUAAGGCUCGCUGUUCUGAUGGAGGACAGAUUACAGAUGAAGUGGAAGGAGGCGGAAGGGACCAGCAACGUCUACAAGGUGCUAGUGAAACCGCUGACGGGGGAUCCAGAACAGGAGGUGAUGCUGAAAACGAAGACGGCCAAGGCUACGGUUGGAGGUCUGGACCCCGUAAAGGAGUACGUUCUGCAGAUACACGUCAUCCAAGGAGGGCAGGACACCCUCAUAGCCAAGAAGAAGUUCAUCAUUGAAGAUUUAAAGGCCCAAGUGCGAAAUGAGAAGAAAAAGGCAGAUGUGACUCCAGCACCGCAGAUCACGGAGUCUUCCUCUCCAGCAGAGGGCAGCACCACAACCACAGAGAGGAGAGAGGACAAGGAGCAGUUGGAUACCCCAAGCUCCAGACCACAGGGGCCCGAAGGACGAAGGCCGGGGCCCCAGAACGCUACCCUGGUGGCCAAACCCACCCAGAAAAUUUCCUCCAAGUCGGAGAGAGAGGUGUCAGCGACCCCCAGCACCCCUCGGAGAGGGCCGGUACACCAUUGUGACACCACGCUGGAAUGGGACAUAGUUCUUCUGGUGGACAGUUCCUGGAGCGUAGGACGCGCCAACUUUAGACUGGUGAAGAACUUCCUGUGGGGGAUUCUUAGCCCCCUCCACAUCUCCAAGGACAAGAUUCGAGUCGGUCUGUCUCAGUACAGCGGAGAGCCACAGACUGAAUGGGAUCUGAACUCGUAUUCCACUAAAACAGAGGUCCUGGAGGCCAUUAGAAGGGUGAAGUAUAAGGGAGGAAACACCUUUACAGGUAUGGCUCUCACCCAUGUCCUGGAAGAAAAUCUCAGAGCCGCAUCAGGAGCCCGGGCCCAGGCUGGCAAAGUACUGGUCCUCUUAACGGAUGGGAAGUCCCAGGAUGAUGCCAUCACAGUGGCACAGACCCUUAAGGAGGCCGGAAUAUACAUGUUUGCUAUAGGGGUGAAGAACGCAGACGAAUCGGAGCUGAGAGAAAUGGCAUCCAAGCCGACCGACCUGACCGUCCACAUGGUAGCCGACUUCCCGAUGCUCGGCCCUCUGGUGGGAGACGUGUCCCGGGCGCUGUGCAUGCGGCUGAAGGAUAGACGGAAGGAGGUAGACAUCGGAUUGCAGAAAGUAGUGGCCCCCGUCAUCGUGGACCCGCACCCCAGCCCCACUCACUUGGUGGUAUCCGAUGUAACGGCAAGGAGCAUGCGCGUGUCCUGGACCCCUCCGCAGCAGCCCGUCCGCAAAUACCGUAUAGUCUACUAUCCAUCUCGCGGUGGGACACCCCAAGAGGUGGUCUUGGAAGGAGAUUCCACCUCUGCCAUCCUUAAGAACCUAACCGCCCGCACCGACUACCUGGUCUCGGUCUUCCCCAUCUACAUCAGUGGCGUGGGCUCUGGACUCCGUGGAAUCACCUCAACCUUGCCACUGUCUUCUCCCCGUGAGCUCUUCGUAGACCAAGUCACCAAUUCAUCCUUUGAGGUCCACUGGCAGCCAUCGGACGGCGCCUCUUACUAUAUUUUGACCUACUCAAUGAAGGCUGGCCAUGGGGACGAGGUGAAAGAGAUUAAAUCAGGAGACACAAAGGUCCUCAUCUCUGGCUUGUCCCCAAAUACCAAUUACAGUGUGACUGUGGUAGCGGCAGCUGGAGAAGAGACCAGUGAUCCCAUCACCAUUCAGCAGAUAACCGAGCCCACGCGGCACAGUCUACGGUUCACCAACAUCACUCACAGUAGUGUCACUGUGUACUGGGAGGUGGCGCCACCUACUGGAACGAUUCAGCACAUCUCGUACACGUCUGACGCCAGCAAUGUCAUCGCUAAAGAGGUGGAAAUCCCCGGUGGCAGCUCCUCGGUGACCCUGAAGUCUCUGACCUCUCAGACUCCGUAUAACGUCACCCUGGCCACCUCACACAGCGGGCUGAAGACUUCGCUGCAUCUGUCGGGAAACUUUACAACCUUGAAGGUGCCGCCCCCUACUGGCGUGAAAGUGGUAGACAUGAGCGGUGACAGUGCUGCGGUGGCGUGGGAUCCGGGCGCUGAAGACGUCACCUCUUAUCUGAUCAAAUGGAUUCCUCUGAGCGGAGGGAGGCCGAGUCAGCUGUCAGUCCCCGGAGAUGAGCACAGCGCGGUCCUCACUGACUUGGAGUACAGCACCGAGUACCAAGUGUCCAUCUCCGCCCGCUACGCCGAUGGAUCACAGAGCGAUGCUUCCUCCGCCCGCUACAGGACAGGAGAUAAUCCUCGGAAGAUGCCCAUUGGCCGAGGAGGGUUUGGACCCAACCGGACAGACGGGACGUGUCCAUUAAUGAAGGCCAAAGACGGUGAAGACGUGUUCCAUGGCUACGACAUGAUGGCCGUCUUUGGACUGUAUGACAAGCUGUACUCCUCCAUCAGCGGGGUCUCUAUUGACGCCUUUGUCCUCGGCCGCUCCCGGAUCUACACCAUGGCAGAGAACGCCCAGCUGACUGUAUGGACCAGAGAAGCCCAUCCUCACGGGCUCCCCCAGGAACACGGGCUCAGCUUUCUCCUUCGCCUGCCCGCCAAUGCCGCUCGGGAACCUUUCACCUUAUGGCAGCUGACGGAUGAAGAUUUCCAGCCGAUUGUCGGGAUAAUCGCGGAUCCCAAUCAUCAGUCUUUGACUUAUUUCAACCCUGACUACGAGGGAAACUUGCAGGAGGUGACCUUCGAUGAAGAAGAAGUGAAGAAGAUUUUCUAUGGCAGCUUCCACAAGUUGCAAGUGGCAGUUUCUAAAACAAACGUUCGACUCUAUGUGGACUGUCAGCUGGUAACGGAAAAGGUGAUAAAGCCUAUGGGAAAGGUGACCACAUUAGGAUUUGAGAUGUUGGGGAAACUGACCAGAACCAGGGGCCCGAGGAGCGGUUCCUCAGCGUUGCAGCUCCAGUCAUUCCUGAUGGUCUGCGGUUCAGAGAUUCCCAUCGGAGAUGGGUGCUGUGAUGUCCUGGCCAAGAGGGAUGAGAAAACAUGCCCUGCCCUCGCCUCCGCCUGUACCUGCACCUCCGACGUCCCUGGGCCAUCCGGCCCUCCUGGGCUUCCGGGGCCUCCAGGACCUCGAGGGUCCAAAGGCGAGCAGGGCGAGCCAGGACCAGUGGGAGACCAAGGCGUGUCUGGACAGGUGGGACCAGAAGGUGGCGGCGGACACACGGGCUCCCCUGGAAUUCGCGGGAUGGCCGUUACCGGUCCGAUGGGACCUCCGGGGAUGAAGGGUGAAAAAGGUGACAUUGGAGGUCAAGGACUACAGGGUCUUCUGGGCCCCGAGGGGAAGGCAGGAAAGGAUGGCACCAUGGGACCCAAGGGCGUACGGGGAUUGGAGGGAAAUACAGGCCCUUCCGGCCCACCGGGACCUCGGGGUAUUCAAGGGGUCCAAGGAUUAAUUGGAAGUCCUGGUGAAAGAGGACCUGUUGGAGACGUUGGGCCCACAGGUCUUCCUGGCACCCGAGGCGAGAAAGGCGAGAAGGGGGAACCUCAAUCUGCCGCCACCAUUUACCAUUUGGUUAAUCAGGUGUGUGAGAGACUCAUACAGGCUCACCUGGUAAAACUGGAAGCAGUGCUCCAUGAGAAAGAUGUACAACCUGUCCCCCUCUGGGAUUUGGAAUUAAAACCAGGAGAACCUGGACCGCCAGGACUUCCGGGGCUACCAGGAGAACAAGGAGAACCUGGAUUUAAUGGUGCGUUCGGACUGCCAGCCAGGAAUGGAUACCCAGGAGAACGAGGAUCUAAAGGACAUCAAGGAGAGAAAGGAGCUCCAGGACAAAGUAAAGAAGGCACAGUAGGGCCUCCUGGAGCUUUAGGUCUUCCAGGAAAGGAUGUCUUUGGAAAUCCAGGGCCCAUGGGCUUUCCUGGGCAGCCCGGUCCCCCUGGAAAUCCGGGAAUCCCUGGACAUUAUGGGCCUCCGGGGGUAGUAGGUGGCUGUGACUCUUCUUCCUGCUAUGUAUCAGGAGCUGAAGAACUGAAUGUUAUCCCUUGAACGUUUUCUGCUAAAGCACACAAUGUAGAGAUCCGGUGGAGCGCGGCUCUGGCUGUGUCGCAAGCUGCUUUCACUAACAUCACAGCUGGGUACAUCAAAGACAUGGUACACGUUUAAAAUGUCAUCCUGCAGGUUUGAGCUCUUCUCCAGUUGGCACGCGGGUACCUGGCGCUCAAUACAGAGGGCAGCGAGAAGUCUGCCGUAUUCUAUCCUACGGAGUGAUGUUUAAUAUCCGUGGCGUCUUUCCACUAUUAGU